CGACAACAACCGAAUGCACAUGUAGCUCUACGGUAGAUAGUAACUUCUCGGCCUUUUGAACCCAUAUCAAUUGAACCCAUAUCAAUUGUAUUUUCCCCUGUCAAGUGACUCUUUAGGAAGUGUUAUGGGUAAGAAGAAGGCCGGAGGACUUGGCAGAGCUCUGAUAAAGGAAAGACUCCAGACAAGCCGAGGCAACAAGAGGGGCGACUCAUGGCUGCACACCAGUGAGCUGAAUGAUGGCUAUGAUUGGGGACGGUUGAACCUGCAGUCAGUGACGGAACAAAGCUCCAUGGACGACUUUCUGGCCACUGCGGAACUGGCAGGGACAGAGUUUGUUGCAGAGAAACUCAACAUCAAGUUUGUGCCAGCAGAAGCUAGAGCAGCUUUGCCAUCAGCUGAGGAGAUAAAGAGACUAAAAAACCUGCAGGAAGACAACAAGCAUUUUCUCCGAAUUCCUCGACGCCCCCCAUGGGAUGAAAGCACCAGCCCAGAUGCUCUCCAGCAGGCAGAGAGAGACAGCUUCCUGGAGUGGAGGAGAGAGCUUGCACAGCUGGAAGAGGAACAGAAGCUGAUCCUCACUCCGUUUGAGAGGAACCUGGACUUCUGGAGGCAGUUGUGGAGAGUCAUCGAGAGGAGCGACGUCGUCGUUCAAAUAGUCGACGCCAGGAAUCCUUCAUUGUUCAGAUGUUCCGACCUGGAGUCGUACGUUAAGGAGGUGUCGGGGAACAAGGUGAACAUGCUGCUGGUGAACAAAGCAGACCUGCUGACCAGGCAGCAGAGGAGAGCCUGGGCCACGCACUUUGAGAAAGAAGGCCUGAGGGCAGUUUUCUGGUCCGCUCUGGCUGAGAGCAACAGGUUGGAUGCAGAGGACAAGGGCAUGGAGGCGCAGCCUCCACAGUCUGAAGAGAGUGACCAAGAAGAUGGAGCACAGCCUGACAACGAAGACUUGAACUCGAAGGGGCCAGAUGAGGACGAUGAUGGAGAGGAGAGUGGUAGCGAGGAGGAGCUGCAGGACAAGAUAAGCGUGGAGGAGGAGGAGUGGUUCACCUGCUCUGAAGACGAGGGGCAGGAGGAGCAGAGUAACGAGGCCAGCUUCCGUAAUUCCAGCCGCCUGCUGCACAAGGACGAGCUGUUGGAGAUGUUCAAGGCGGUUCACAUCGGGCCCCGAUGCAAAGACGGCCAACUGACAGUUGGACUGGUUGGUUAUCCUAACGUGGGGAAGAGUUCAACCAUCAAUACCAUUCUAAGAAACAAAAAAGUGUCCGUCUCAGCGACUCCUGGACACACCAAACACUUUCAGACUUUGUUUGUAGAGCAAGGACUGUGCUUGUGUGACUGCCCGGGGCUUGUGAUGCCUUCAUUUGUGUCCACCAAAGCUGAGAUGAUCUGCUGUGGGAUCCUGCCCAUUGACCAGAUGAGAGACCAUGUGCCAGCAGUCUCCAUGGUCUGCCAAACAAUCCCUCGGCACGUACUGGAGGGCACGUACGGUAUCAACAUCAUCCGGCCACGAGAGGAUGAGGACCCUGACAGACCCCCCACCUCUGAGGAGCUUCUGAUGGCUUAUGGAUACAUGAGAGGCUUCAUGACAUCACACGGCCAGCCUGACCAGCCAAGAUCUGCUCGCUACAUCCUCAAGGAUUACGUCAACGGAAAACUUCUGUACUGCCAUCCGCCUCCUCAUAUCCACGCCGACGACUUCCAGCCACAGCACAGCAAAUUCCAAAAAGAAGAUCUACUCAACUGCGACUUCUCUCUGACCUCAAACAAGCAGAAAGUCAAGAGGAUUGAGAACGUGGUGGACAAGAACUUCUUCCAUGCGGAAAACGUUCGGGCCCUCUCCAAAGGAGUCCAGUCUGUCAUGGGCUACAAACCCGGUAGCGGAAUCGUCGCUCCGGAAAAAGCCAUGACGGAGACCAUGGUGGGCAAACCCUGGAAAAAGCACGGCAACAGGAACAAGAAGGAGAAAGUGCGUCGGCUUUGCAAGCAUCUCGACGCCUAGAUGGGUGGUUCCGGUUUGGCCGCGGGACCCGCCAUCACCCCCUCGGACAUUUUUCCAACUCAAGCUUCUCAAAUAUCUUAAGAUUUAAAGGAUCUUUUUGCAACGCAGCGUGAGCUUUCCCAGCAGAUAUCUGCAGCUGUGUGUCGCACGGACGGCACGUUAAGUGCCCACUCCUGCUCAAGCUUGACAGUCGGCCAUAAACAUGGCACGCACCUUGCAACGGCACAGACAAGAACACGAGGUGCAUUCACGGACAUCGGGUCAUUACGUUUUUAUUAUUUUUGCCCAGGCACAGACGUAGCGAGCGACAGUUGAGAAUCACUGACCAAGAUGAUCCCAAACUGGAACGCGAAUCUCAAUCACAGAUGAUUUCAACUCCUAAGUGCACAUCACGUGAACAUGAAAGCUUCAUAAUCCUGAUAUGAACUCAGAUGUUCAUCAUCUACUGCAGUAGGAUAUUACUGCAAGGAAUAUCUAAACAGUUUGGGUUCAUGUACCAAAUGCAUUUAUUGGAUCCAGAUUAUGAGAGAGUGUCAAAGAAUAAAACCCGUAUGACCCUUACAUGACGUACAUUAUAUAGGUUUAAAGUACUGCUGCCAUUAGCAGGAAUGAUGGGAUGGACACACUAUAUGUUCUCGUACAGCUUCUUCCAAAAAUAUGGUAGUAAAUACAGGGCCAUUACUGCUGAUAGCGAUACUUUUUACGUGGGCAUUUUUGUGUGUUUUGCUUUUCAUUUAUAUUUUAUUAUAAUUAUAUUAGAUAUAUUAUUAUACACAGGAUAAAGAUUUUAGGCAAACAAAAGAGAGAAAAAAUUAACACACUUAUUUGUGAACAAGUUACCAAUAUAGAAAUACAGAAAUAUAAGACAAUGUAAGAGUAUCAACAAAUAAAAUAUUCCCUUGGAUUACAUAACAUUAUUAAACCAAGAUUGCAAAACACACUCAUGGCUCUCAUCUUUUGGCUUUUUGCCCCCAGAGUCCUCCUGUGUCCACAAACUUAUUAACCUGAGUGUAAAACAUACUAAAUACAGAUACAUAACACUAAAAAGAAGGAAAACUGAGAAAUAUCGGUCACAUGAUGCUAGUAUAGAUCCGUUGCUAAAUGCUGCCUUUAGUAGUGGUGCUAUCGAACAUGGAUCGAUGCCCAGAUUACCCAAACUCAAGAUGUUGUCAGACGUUAAGUACAGUAUAUUUUUUCGUAUGUAUAUGUUCGUUGAUAUUCUACGUAUGUUCUUUAAGGAAUUCCUUCCCAAAGUACAUUUACGUCGAAGUUGGCCCACAUUUUGUUAAAUAAUGAACACG